AUGGAACUGCCACUCUUAGGUAUGACUACAGCAGAAAUUCGUUUCCGGUCAACCACAGUCACUGCUACCUUCUACGUCACCACAGGACGAAAUGAAAACCUUUUGAGUUGCAACACAGCCGAAAGUUUAGGAAUCCUAAAGAUAACGGUAAACACUGUUUUAGAUACCCCCAACACACCUCCCGAGCAAAAUUUUCCAGACUUGUUCGAUGGAAUUGGCAAGAUAAAGGACAAGACAAUCAAGUUGAAUAUUGAUCCCGAGAUUGAACCUAA